GCCGGGCAAAGUUUCGGUUCAGUCCGUCCUGCUGCGGCGGCGGCGGCGGCGCCUUGUGCUUUCGGCCCAUGGCCCGGCGUGGCGCCUGCUGCGAGCCUCCGCGAGCGCUGCUGGCCAAGAUCGUGAUGGCCGGGGAGCCCGACGUGGGCAAGACCGCGAUCCUGAGGCGAUACACUCAGCCCUCCGCCCCGACCACCUCGCUCUCGCAGCCCGCCUCCUUCCUCACCACCGUCGGCAUUGAUUUCAGAGUAAAAACAAUUUUAUUAAAUGAUACAACACUGAAACUUCAAAUAUGGGAUACUGCUGGACAAGAACGAUUCCGUACAAUGACUACUAGUUAUUUCCGUGGAGCACAUGGAUUUGUUCUUGUCUAUGAUAUCACAAAUGCAGAAAGUUUUCAAGGGGUUGCAAAUUGGAUGAAAGCUAUAUAUGAGAAUGCAGAUGAAAAUGUAGAUGUGAUACUAUUGGGUAACAAGUGUGAUAAAGAGGCAGAACGUGCAGUUCCAAAACACAGAGGGGAAAAGCUGGCAUGGGAGUAUGGAAUACCCUUUUUUGAGACCAGUGCUAAGAACAAUAUAAACAUUGAACAUGCUUUUUCAGUAUUAGCGCAAGAAAUAUUGGACAAGAGCUCCUGCAUACUACUCAGCUCAGAUGUGGUAGACCUAAGUGGAAAUGCACAAAAAAGAACUUGCUGCAAAUUAUGACUGACAAUUCUGUUUUAGUUUGUCUGGUUGUUGUUUAUCUUCUAAAUAAACUUGAAAAAAGCAA